AUGGCACCUUCGGUAUCAUCAUCAACGACCCACUAUGCUCUCGUGAUAGACGCUGGAUCUUCCGGUUCGCGUCUUCAAAUUUACUCAUGGCGUGAUCCGGAUUUAGAAAGAGCUGAAAUCCUUCAAGAGGUUUCUGCCGCUCGUAAGACCCCUGAAAGUGUGGGUAAAAGUAGAUGGUGGUGGAACGUGAAAGAUUCAUGGGGUGGAAAGGGGAAAGGGAAAGCUAGUGAAUAUGAUAUGGAAAGAAAAGCCCUUAGGAGACUGGUUAGAGUUGGUAAAGGUGUUGAAGGUGAUGAUUGGGUCAAAAGAGUCGAACCUGGUAUAUCCACUGUCGCUCCUGGAGAUAUCCCAGACUACCUCUCACCAUUACUUUCACAUGCAUUAAGACAUAUCCCACCUUCUCAACACUCCUCUACACCCAUAUAUAUCCUUGCAACAGCUGGAAUGCGACUUUUGCCUGAAACAACACGAGAAGCUAUACUGCAAGCUUCAUGUGAUCUGGUCAGAAAUGAAUAUCCAUUUACUGUGGGAGGACCUUCAGCAGCUGGACCAUGUGGAGAGAAUAUACGUGUUAUCUCAGGUGAAGAAGAAGGAAUGUGGGGUUGGGUAGCUGUGAAUUAUCUGAUGGAUGGUUUCGGUCAUGCUCCUCCGUCCAUUCCUUCCUCUUCAUCAUCAUCCUCAUCAUCAUCCGGAUCAUCAUCCUUAUCGAUAACAGGAACGGAUACACCGGCAGAAUCGAGUUUAUUACCGUUAGCAGAAUUAGCUGAAGCGCCACCUAAUUCAUUACAUGAUAGUGUCACUCCAGUAGAUGUCAAUCAUCAUUCACCAACAUUCGGCUUCUUAGAUAUGGGAGGUGCUUCCACACAAUUAGCAUUCUCACCUUCAUCUUCAGAAAUAAUCAAAUCUGGUUAUCCUACUGAUCAACUUCGAAUGGUAAACCUUAGAUUAUUGUCAGGGGAAUUAGUGGAAUGGCCAGUAUUCGUCGCUUCUUGGUUAGGAUUCGGUACUAAUCGUGCAAGAGAACGUUACAUCGAUUCUUUAGUAAAGGAACAAGAACAAGAACAAGAACAAGAACACAAACCGAGUAAUCAUAAUCAAGAAGAAAUGUUUAUUGAAGAUCCAUGUUUACCUAAACAUCUUGAAAUACAGUCAAACCACCAAUUUGGCACAAACAUCAAGUUCAAAGGAACAGGAUCGUUUUCAACAUGUCUAGAAAAAUUAACACCUUUGUUGGAACAUUCAACACCUUGUCCGACCGAUCAUUGUUUAUUCGCUGGAUUACCUACUCCACAUAUUGAUUUCGAAAAAGAUGACCAAAGAGGUUUUAUCGGAAUUUCUGAAUAUUGGUAUACGGCUCAACAAGUUUUAGGUCUAGGUGGGAUUUGGGAUUGGGGUGAAUGGGAAAAAGGUAUGAAUGCAUUUUGUGAUAGGAAUUGGUAUGAAAUUGAAGAUCAAGUUGAAAAGGAAAAAGGUUGGAAAGGUGCCGAGGCAGAUUUGGCCAGAUUACAAAUGCAAUGUUUCAAGGGAGCUUGGAUAUCAAAUAUCUUGCAUGAAGGUAUAGGUAUACCAAGAUUAGUUGACAUAGGUGGUGAUUCAACUUUGACAGGUGGUGAAGUUGGAGAUACGAAUGAAGAAGCUGAAAGACGGGCGAGAGAAAAAGGUCUAUUUGAACUCACACCACAAACGCAAAAGGGUAAAAGCAAAACACAUUUUCAAUCGAUGGAUGAAGUUGGUGAGACUGCAAUUUCAUGGACGUUAGGCAAGAUGGUUAUUGAAGCAUCUAAAGCGAUCCAACCAAGAUCCGACUCUAUCGAGAAUGCCUGGAAGAAUAAACUGAAUAGUUUACCAUUACCUCUCAGUGGAUUAGAAGAUAAAUUACAAUCUAUGGGAAUCCAACUUCUUUGGGCAUACGCUUUCGUAUCUUUCUUCAUCUUGGCUUGUCUUUUCAACUUGAUAAAAAGGAAAUUCCAUCUAUCGGUUUCAGGACAACAAGGUAAAAAAGGUAGAAAUCGAAAACCAAGUAUAACGAGUUUGGAAGAUGGUUUCACUUCAUCAGAUUCAUCAAGUUCAAAUGCAAUUUCAUUAAAUUCAUUGACCAGUCCCAUUUACAGCACAUCGAAAAGAUUUGCUGGAUCCGGUAGAUUAAGAUUAUGGUCGUUGAAAAUACAUAAUCUGAUCAAAAGGAAUAUACCAUUUGUUGGUAAUGGGGUGAGUGGUAGUGUUGGUGUUGGUGGUAGCAGUAAAUAUUCUCGAAGAGGACAAAAUGGACAUUUAUCAAGACAUAAUUCAAUGCCCUUAUCCACAUCAAACACACAACCUUCAUCACCUUCUUCACAAGGUUUUUUCAUUCCUGCAAAUAUGAUUGAUGGUGGCGGUCAAAAUAAUCUCACUAUACCAUCAACGAGACCCGGUACAGUUUCACCCGAGUUAAAUGGUCUAGGUAUUGGUAUUGGUAUUGGUAUUGGUAUUGGCAUAUCAACGUCAAGUACUUUACCAAUUACACCCAAUUCCCCUCCUAGGAAAUCAACUUCUCGAACGGGAAAACCAAGGAACGUUUCGCAUAAUUUACUUUCUACAUCAUGGGAAAAACCUUGUUCUUCUUCAUCUUCUUCUUUAUCUGGUGGAUGGAAUGAUCCCCCACUCGGCAUGAUGGAAAUCCCUUCAACGAAUGCAACAGCCUCAUCGACCCCUUCAGCUAAUUAUGGUGGAACAAAUGGUCUAAGUAGAAAUUCAUCAAGAGUCAAUUUAAGUGAAAUGGGUUUAGCUCAAAGAUCAAUGAGCAGAGCUGGAACUCCAGGUUUCGAUGAGUCGCGUUGA